UUCUGGAGCAUCUAUUUUCUUCUUCUCCUGCAACUCUCCUCUCUACCUUUACUCAGAUGACCACCGAAGCUCCUCAGUUCCCGGAUUCAAUAUAUGAUUUCACGAUCAAGGAUUUGUUAUGCUUAGUCUAAAAGGGGAUUUCUGCACUGUGCAUGGAAUAAGAUUGCGAUUUCCAGGAAAUAGAACGAUGUAACAAGGAAGUCAUAGGCGUUAUGCUAAAUUGGAAGGAAGUAAAACCAGAUCGUAACAUGCUUUUUUUCUUCUUGCGAAAAAAAAUAUUAUUAUGCUUGUUCAUCAAAAACCCAAGACGGUCAUUAUAUGUCUGAACCACUACUUGCAGGAUGCGAAGGGAAAUUACGUUCAGCUAAGCACUUACAGGGGGAAAGUCCUUUUAGUUGUUAAUGUUGCUUCCAAAUGUGGAAUGACCAACUCAAACUAUUCAGAAUUGAAUCAGCUAUAUGAGAAGUACAAAGAUCAAGGACUGGAGAUACUGGCAUUCCCAUGUAAUCAAUUUGGUGAGGAGGAGCCUGGAACCAAUAACCAGAUUGUUGAGUUUGUCUGCACUCGCUUUAAGUCGGAAUUUCCUAUCUUUGAGAAGAUUGAAGUAAAUGGCAACAAUGCUUCCCCACUCUACAAAUUUCUAAAAUCAGGCAAAUGGGGAAUUUUUGGGGAUGAUAUUCAGUGGAAUUUUGCGAAGUUCCUCGUGAACAGAGAUGGCAAAGUUGUUGAUCGCUAUUACCCAACGACUAGUCCUCUUAGCCUUGAGCAUGACAUAAAGAAGCUCUUAGGCAUUUCAUGAGUUCUGAGAUCAAAGGUUUAUUCAUAAUGAAGGUCUUGAUCUGGAUUUAAGACAAAAUGUUGUAUUUAUAGGCUACUACCAAUAUGCCAUGAAAGAAGCUGUUUAACACUUGCAGACAGCUGGAGAUCUGAAGUGUAUUGUAAGAGUCAUAGGUACUCCUCUUUAAUAAUGGCAGUUGAACAUUGGUCUUUGGGCUGUUAUUAGAUAGAAAUGAAAUUCUUUGUUUCCCACUUCCCCCUUCUCCUCAAAAAUGUGAAAAGCAAGAGCAGUUAAUGUUGAACCCAUUUGAUUCAUUGAUGAUCUCAUUUUUCUAAGGAAAA